UUUUGGGUUUGGUUUUCCCCAGGCUUUGAUUUUUUUGCUCCUAAACUGUUUCAUUCCUCUGAGAUAAUUUUGGGCAUUAACACGGAAAAGCAGGGUUGAGAUUGUUUCUUCACGACGCUGAUUUCAAAAAUUGGAGUGAAAAAAAAGAAGUUUUUCCUGCUCCUCAUACUACUGUUUAUUCGCCAGCAUUGGUAUGUCAGAAACUUCUAGGGGUUUGGGUGCUCCAGCUGAAAACAAUAUGUUAGGACCAGAUUUCUUUGCUUUUUAUAUGCGUGAGUUAGCAGAUUUGGUAUCAGAGGAGGAGAAUUUGCUGGCUUUCUUUCCAGAAAGUUUGGACCUAGUGAGAAACAUUCCCGGGGUUGCUGGAGAAGACAGUUUAACCGAGAAUAGGCUGGACGGCUGCAAUUUCAAACAGAGCAUUAAACCUACUGACUCUGCUCCCUUAUUUUCUGAUGCUAUUGGAUCUCAGCUUUCAGAUUUCCGGAAAGAAAGAUUGAAGUCACUGGCUCGCAGAAGUCUCUUAACCUUUACAAAAGAAGUUGAUGAGAUGUUAAUUCCUAUACUUCGUAUAUGUCGGACGCAAUCUUUGCUGAGAUACAAAGAGAGCAUAUUGAGCCUUCCUGAUACUUCAAAUGUGGCUAAUGAAGAGUUUAAUCCUCAAAAGAAGCAAGAAGUGUCAGCUUCCUGUCUCAUUGAUGAUGAUUUGCGACGACUCCUGGAGCAUGAUAGCACAAAAGUUGAGGAGGUGAUGAAGAGGCACGCUGAUGAACUCUUCAAAACGAUUGGAUACAUGGAGCAGAAACUUGAAGAAUUUCUUGAUCUUUUGAUGUCAAACUGCAGGUUAAUGACCCUGACAGAGAAGCAAGAGCUUCGGAAGUUGAUCAAGAAUCUACCAAGAAACAUGGAGCGCAUCGUGGAAAUUAUCCGACGUAGUAGACCAUCAGCGAAAUGUUCAUGUGACGAGAUACACGUGGAUUUAGAAGAAGAGAGCAAGGAAACACUGUGGAGAUUGUAUUACUACGUGGAAGCUGUUGCGAAUGCUAGGAAGCUUUGCGAGGCUCAAUGAAACAUGCAAAAGCCUAGCCUUCCCACUAUUUUUUGCUUUUUCUUCUUUAUGAAGAGUGUAAAUCUCUGCUACUGCAGGUGACCUGGCUAAGUGUUGGUUUUUCAAGUUUUCAUCGUACCGUCUUUCUUUGAAUCGGAUUCGGAUUCCACAGGUUUAGCUGGCUGUGCAGUGUAGAUUUGUACAUGAAUACUGGAAAUUUUGCAUGCUGACGUACAGUCUCAUGCUGCGAUUUUAGCUAUUCCCAUGAAUGAGAAUGACUUUGAUCCUAUAUCA